UGCCGGCGUCCAGGCGAAGCGCCCAGUUCCUCCGUCCAGCCCGGUUCCCAGCUUCUCUCCGGACCGCCGCGAUGUCGCUGCCGCUGUCGGACUACGAGAAGAGGAAGCAGAUCAGCGUGCGGGGCUUAGCCGGGGUGGAGAACGUGACCGACCUGAAAAAGAACUUCAACCGGCAUCUCCACUUCACGCUGGUCAAGGAUCGCAAUGUCUCCACGCCGCGCGACUAUUACUUCGCCCUCGCCCACACCGUCCGCGACCACCUGGUCGGGCGCUGGAUCCGCACCCAGCAGCACUACUACGAGAAGGACCCCAAGCGCAUUUAUUAUCUUUCCCUGGAGUUUUACAUGGGACGGACACUCCAAAAUACCAUGGUGAACCUGGGCUUGCAAAACGCCUGCGACGAAGCCAUCUACCAGCUGGGCUUGGAUAUGGAGGAGCUGCAGGAAAUUGAAGAGGACGCCGGCUUGGGCAACGGAGGAUUGGGGCGACUGGCAGCUUGCUUCCUGGACUCCAUGGCGACUCUCGGCUUGGCUGCUUACGGCUACGGGAUCCGCUAUGAAUUCGGCAUUUUCAACCAGAAGGUCUUGGGAGGCUGGCAGGUGGAGGAAGCCGACGACUGGCUGCGUUACGGGAAUCCCUGGGAGAAGGCCCGCCCGGAGUACAUGAUCCCUGUCCACUUCUAUGGACACGUGCAACACGGAGAGGGAGAAGCAAAGUGGGCUGACACGCAGGUGGUGCUCGCCUUGCCCUACGACACACCCGUGCCUGGGUAUCGCAACAACACAGUCAACACCAUGCGUUUGUGGUCUGCCAGGGCUCCCAACGAGUUCAACCUGAAGGAUUUCAAUGUCGGUGGCUACAUCCAGGCUGUGCUGGACCGGAAUUUGGCAGAAAACAUUUCCCGUGUUCUGUAUCCCAAUGAUAACUUCUUCGAAGGCAAAGAGCUGCGUCUGAAGGAGUAUUUCGUGGUGGCCGCCACGCUUCAAGAUAUCAUCCGCCGCUUCAAAUCCUCCAAGUUCGGCAGCCGUGAUCCUGUUCGCACCUCCUUCGACGCUUUCCCAGACAAGGUCGCCAUUCAACUCAACGACACGCAUCCUUCGCUGGCCAUCCCGGAGCUGAUGAGGAUUUUGGUGGAUAUUGAGAAGCUGGAUUGGGAUAAGGCCUGGGAUGUCACCGUGCGCACCUGUGCCUACACCAACCACACUGUGCUGCCAGAGGCGCUGGAGCGCUGGCCCGUCCACCUCUUCGAGACCCUCCUGCCCCGUCACUUGGAGAUCAUCUACGAAAUCAACCAGCGUUUCCUCGACAGAGUCUAUGCCACCUUCCCGGGAGACCUCGACCGGAUGCGCCGCAUGUCCAUGGUGGAAGAAGGAAGCGUCAAGCGGAUCAACAUGGCGCAUCUCUGCAUCGUGGGCUCCCACGCGGUCAACGGAGUCGCCUGGAUCCACUCCGAGAUCCUGAAGGCCACCGUGUUUAAAGAUUUCUACGAAUUCGAACCGCACAAGUUCCAGAAUAAAACCAACGGGAUUACGCCACGCCGGUGGCUGGUUUUAUGCAACCCUGGGCUGGCUGAGAUCAUCGCGGAGCGCAUCGGAGACGACUACAUCUCUGAUCUGGAUCAGCUGAGGAAACUUCUCAAUUUUGUGGACGAUGAAAGUUUUAUCCGGGAUGUGGCCAAAGUCAAACAGGAGAACAAGUUGAAGUUUGCCGCCUACCUGGAGAAGGAAUACAAGGUCAGGAUCAAUCCCAACUCCCUCUUCGACGUUCAGGUGAAACGGAUCCACGAGUACAAGAGGCAGCUGCUCAAUUGCCUGCAUGUCAUCACCCUUUACAACAGAAUCAAGAGAGAACCUAACAAGCACUUCGUGCCACGGACGGUCAUGAUUGGUGGCAAGGCGGCUCCUGGCUACCACAUGGCCAAAAUGAUCAUCAAGCUUUUUACCUCCAUCGGAGACAUCAUCAACCACGAUCCCAUCAUUGGUGACCGGCUGAAGGUGAUCUUCUUGGAAAACUACCGAGUCUCCCUAGCUGAAAAGGUGAUCCCUGCAGCUGAUCUUUCUGAGCAGAUCUCAACAGCUGGCACGGAAGCUUCAGGAACUGGGAACAUGAAGUUUAUGCUGAACGGGGCUCUGACCAUUGGCACCAUGGAUGGCGCCAACGUGGAGAUGGCAGAGGAAGCCGGCGAGGAAAACCUGUUCAUUUUUGGCAUGCGCGUGGAGGAUGUGGAUGAGAUGGACAAGAAGGGGUACGUGCCAAAGGGGGCUAGAAUCCCUGUUUAA